AUUAAAACUAAAUUUUACCGUCCUUGAGAGACAACAAAAAUUGUUUAGUUAAUUUGGUUGCCUAACAUACUUCAAAGUUAAAGUACCGUACAAAGCAGAAAUUAAGAACCUUACAUUUUACCCUGCCAUGAGCUAUAAAUAACUAUAUUAAAGAGCUUAAAAGGUUCUUAAAAUAUCUAUUCUUAAUUUAUUUAAAGAAAAAGUAAUUAUAAUUUAUUAUCAUUAUACAUAUUUAAUCUAGAGUGCAUAGGUCAUCCACCUACUCAACAAUUUUUUUAGGUUAUAAAUUCUAUCAUGUGUGUCAUCACAACUUGUUCAUUAUCUUCAUUAUAAAUUCAGGUGCUCAAUUUGAACUAUUACAACUAUUAAAUGUGACAUAAUGGCAACAAGAAGGAGAUCAAUUCACAAUACUUCGGGGUUAAAUUUUCGACCCUCGACAAGUGCGGAAUCGAAACAAGAACAACCCCGUGGGACUAAACCGACGACGGAACAAUCUUCAAUAAAGGAAGUUUUAGGUUUGAUGAUGAUACAUUUAUGUAAAAAAUCGCUUUUUUUUGAUACAAACUUAAAAGUUGGUCUUUAUUUGGCCGCAUUAUUUUUAUUAUCGCUAAUUGCCGAUGUAAUUAUUAUACCAAAAAGUUAUUUAUCACGAUCGGAUAAUGCAAUCAAUCAAUAUUUUGUAAAAUUCGCUUGGGGAUGGAAUUUAACUAUUUUGGUGCCAUACGUUGUUUUAACAUCAUCGGUUUAUUGUUGUGGAAAUAUUCGUCAGAUGAUAAAGCAUCAUUUAAUAAGAAUAGCGAUUGCUACGUUCUUUUGGUGGUUGUGGACAACUAUUUUUAAUGUAAUUGAAGCAAAUUAUGGAAGAUGUUCAACGAAAUCAUUCGAUUCUAAACAAACUUGCUUAAAAAAUGGGUAUCAUUGGAACGGAUUUGACCUUUCUGGACAUUGUUUUAUUUUAAUUUACGGCAGUCUUUUGUUAAUUGAAGAAUGUAGAUCAAUGAAUAAUUGGAGUACAAUUAAAGAUUGUAUUCGGCUCGAGGAGCAUCAUAGGAUAAAUAAAUUAACAUCUGAAAACACAAACAUUUUAAGGGGAUUAUCAAACGAACAAUUUAGUAUAUUAAAAAUUAAUUAUGAAAAGUACACCCCUUACAUAAGAUCUUUAUUCAUUUUAAUAACGAUUUUUCAAAUAUUAUGGGAUGUAAUGUUAAUUUGUACAAUGUUGUAUUAUCACAUAAUGAUUGAGAAAUUCUUGGGGGGUGCUAUUGCAAUUUUAACAUGGUUUUUUACAUAUCGUUUUUGGUAUAAGCAAUCAACAUUGUUACCGAAAUUACCUGGAGAAGGCAUUUUUAAGUAUCAUAUGAAACCGAAAACAUCACCAUUCAAUGUGAGUGCUGUACGGAAACGAACAAGUUUAAAUACAAACGGACAAAGUACAUUUAUGGGAAUGCCUUUAAGAGUGUCACAAUCACAGGAAAGUGCGGCACCUGUAGAUAAAGAGGAUGUUAGAUAAAAAAACAUUUAAUAUAUAAUAAAAAAAGUAACUUAUAUAAAGAGAAUUGGAUAGUUUAUUUUGUUAAAUUAGGUGUAUUUUAUAUAAGUUUGUAUUUACGUAAUAUUUUGGUGUCACAGCUUUAUUUAUUAGGUGAAUUUUUUUUAUUUUGGAGUUUGGAAUAAUGAAAGCUGUUUCAAGAAUACUUUGUAAUUAAUAUUUUUCAAAUAUUUGUUAUUUAAUUUCUUUUUUUAAUUUUAUAUCUUUUAUUUCUAUGGGUUGUUAUUGUUGUUGAAAUAUAACACUUAAAAUAUUU